GCUAGCAGGCGGGUGGGUGACCGGCUGUGGGUGGGGCGGCGGCCGGGGCCCUGGCUUUUACGUUUGGGGCUGGGGCGGCUCCAGGGACCGGUCCGCUCCGGUGAAGUCCGCCGAGCGUCAGGACCAGGGGUGUCGGAGGAGACCGCCGCGAACCUCUCACCUCCGACCCUCGCUGAAGCGGCCUCGGAACCGGCGGCGUCUGCCCGACCCUCGGCGGGCUGCGCGCGACCGCCCCGGCUCAGUCUGGGGCUGCGGCGGGAACCGCCGAACUGGCUGGACGGGUCCUUUUUUCUGAGGACCCGGCGGAGGAGAAGAGGCAGCGCGACCGGCUCGCCUCCCGAGCCCCGAGGUCAGGCCGCGGGCUCCGGAGCUCCUCGACCGUGGUCUCCCGUCCUUGCCCCCGCGUUCCCGGCCGGAGGAUCCGCGACCUCGCCCGAGCCACCCGGCUGCUCCUCCGAGUGUGGCAACGAGCCCUCUGGCGGGGUGAUCUGCCCUCCUUGUUCUUGCUCAGGGGAGGCAGCUAUCGGAAGGGGACCUGUGCUCUUUAAAAGUUUGAACCAAAGUGGAAAUGCGUGUCCUCGUUUUCUGGACCGCUGACGGUUUCCACUCUAGCGGCGGUCUGAGAUCACAUUCAGAGUAAAAAAAAAAAAAAAAAAAAAAAGCAAGAGAGAAAGAAAGGGGGAAAGUACCUCCAAGAGCCUUCUGCAGGUGAUUCCUCUCGCCCGAGAAGGGCAGAUGAACUUUGGAGUUAAGAUGCAGGGAGGUGAGCCCGCACCCGUCCUGAAAGUCUCGGAGAGUGAAGGGAAGCUGGAGGGCCUGGCCACCGCGGUGACCCCGAACAAGAACAGCAGCAACAGCAGCUGUGGGGGUGCCAUCAGCAGUAGCAGCAGCAACAGCAGCCGCGGUGGCAGUACGAAAGGCUGGCAGUACAGUGACCACAUGGAAAAUGUUUAUGGCUAUUUAAUGAAAGUACACCAAUCUCGUCACCUUUACAGGUUUUUUGUUUUAAACAAUGAAGCUGGGCUAUUGGAGUACUUUGUGAAUGAACAGUCUAGAAAUCAGAAACCCAGAGGUACUUUGCAGCUUGCAGGUGCUGUGAUCUCACCCAGCGAUGAGGACUCCCACACCUUCACAGUGAAUGCUGCCAGUGGGGAGCAGUAUAAACUCAGAGCCACAGAUGCUAAAGAGCGGCAGCACUGGGUUAGCAGAUUGCAGAUAUGUACACAGCACCACACAGAAGCUAUUGGAAAGAACAAUCCUCCACUGAAGUCACGGAGCUUCUCGCUUGCAUCUAGUGGUAAUUCUCCCAUAUCCCAGAGGAGACCAAGUCAGAAUGCCAUUUCUUUUUUUAAUGUGGGACAUUCCAAACUGCAGUCAGUGAACAAAAGAGCUCAUUUGCAUCCAGACCAUCUUGUGGAAGUCAGAGAAAUGAUGUCUCAUGCAGAAGGACGACAACGAGACCUGAUUAGACGGAUCGAAUGCCUUCCUGCUUCUGGCCUUCUUAGUUCUGUGGACCAGGACCUCUUGAUGCUCAAAGCUACUUCCAUGGCAACCAUGAACUGCUUAAACGACUGCCUCCACAUCCUCCAGUUGCAGCACGCGUCCCGUCAGAAGGGCUCGUUGCCCCCAGGAGCAACCAUUGAGUGGCUGGAACCAAAGAUACCUUUAUCAAACCACUAUAGGAAUGGAGCUGAGCAACCCUUUGCACCUGAGCCGAGCAAGCCCAUGGCAGUCCCGGAAGCACAGUCUGCCGCAGAGUCUGGAGCAUUAGCAAGGGAACCUGAAGAAAUUGAUGCAGAUGAUGAGCUCGAGGACACCUGUGACAACAAGGAGGAUGACCUGGGGGCGGUGGAGGAGCAGCGCAGCGUUAUCCUGCAUCUCCUGUCACAGCUCAAGCUGGGCAUGGAUUUAACGAGAUUGUAGCUUCCUACUUUUCCUAUGUGCACCCGCUCCUUACUGGAGAUGUAUGCAGAUUUCAUGUCUCAUCCAGACCUGUUCAUAGGCAUCACCGAUGGAGCCACGCCCGAGGACCGGAUGAUUCGCUUCGUUGAGUACUACCUUACCUCAUUUCAUGAAGCGAAGGGAGCCAUUGCUAAGAAGCCGUACAAUCCUAUCAUUGGGGAGACUUUCCACUGCUCCUGAGGGUGCCAAAGGGGCAGAACAGCAUCCGGUUUGAGUGGCAGCUCUUGCACCUCCACCAUCACUAGUCAUGCUCCUCUGCCGGAGGAUGCUCUAGCCCAGGGAGUCUCAGACUGGUUCACUGUCAGAUUUGUCCCGCUGGAGCAAGUUUCCCAUCAUCCUCCAGUCUCAGGAUUUUAUGCAGAAUGUACAGAAAGGAAGAUGUGUGUAAAUGCACAUCUGACUAAAAGCAAGUUCUUAGGCAUGUCCAUAGGUGUGACAAUGGUCGGAGAAGGUGUCCUUAGUCUGUUGGAACAUGGAGAAGAGUACACAUUUUCGCUGCCUUGUGCAUAUGCCCGGUCCAUUCUUACUGUUCCCUGGGUAGAACUAGGUGGCAAAGUCAGCGUCAACUGUACAAAAACGGGAUACUCAGCCAGCAUCACUUUUCACACUAAGCCGUUUUAUGGCGGCAAACUGCACCGCGUCACAGCUGAAGUGAAGCACAACGUUUCCAACACCGUGGUGUGCAGAGUACAGGGGGAGUGGAACAGUGUUCUGGAGUUCACCUACAGCAACGGCGAGACCAAGUACGUGGACCUGACUAAGCUGGCUGUGACGAAGAAGAGAGUGCGGCCUCUGGAGAAGCAGGAUCCCUUUGAGUCCAGACGAUUAUGGAAAGAUGUAACAGACUCUCUGAGGGAGUCUGAAAUUGACAAGGCCACAGAGCACAAACGUGCCUUGGAAGAGCGGCAGAGAACUGAAGAAAGACAUCGGACUGAAACAGGCACACCCUGGACAACCAAGUAUUUUACUAAGGAGGGCGAUGGCUGGGUUUAUCGCAAACCCCUUUGGAAAGGAAUUCCAUCACAACCAGCAGAGUGACACCUCCUCUCUAAGGCUGGACCAGAUGAGGUUCUCCUGUGUCCCCCAAGCCCUCUCAGACAGAGUCGUUGCACUGAGUGACCUGCCUCCUAAUUGCACAGCCUGAAACUAGCUGAACACGAAUGUACCUAUUCGAGCUCAUCACCCCGCAGCAGACCAAAGUGUUCAGGACACGUGAUGGGCCUCUCGCAGCCUGUUCACCAUCGUGAGCAAUGCCAUCCUAGAGCCUUCCAUCCCACCAGAACUUGUGUCAUCUUUUGUCCGCUCCAGCCCCUGGUUGUGCGGGCGGCAGAUGGCAGCAGUGGGAACUCAGCGACUCUGGUUCCUUUGUAGUGAAGUCAGGUCUCGGGCAGAGUGUUUGCUUCUGUCCACACUGCUCCUCACUGCUCCUCCAGACCGAGAGGGAGACCAGCGGGACCUACAAGUGGAUCGCGCCAUUGUGCCUGAAGUCAGUGUUCACAUCCCAGGGCCUCUUCCUUCGGAGGCUGUGCCUGCGCCCAGCCCGAUGAAGCCCAUCACUUGCUCUGUUGGAACUCUCUUUUAAAAGGGUAUUUAUAAUUAGAAUUGUAACCAUGGAGGAAUUUUUUCUUCUGAGCAUUUUAAUAUACUUGAAAACAACAUUGACUUGAAAAAUUUCAGAACAUUUUUCAAUACCUAGUUUUAUUAAAUAUAUUACAUUUAAGAGACAAUUUUUUAAAAUGUGUUCAUGUCAAUAUGAGAUUUUGGCCUUUCUCAAGAACUAAGGCAUUAAAAAAAAUAGCAAAUACUAAAAAACAAAGCUGUUACUUUUUCCGUACCUCUUCUCAUUUGUAGGUUCAUAUUCAGUAUUAUGUGCUCUCCUGAGUAAGUUUGCUUUAUCUGACCUCUGUUCACUCAAAAGUUAAAACUAAAGCCUGUUCAUGUCUGUCAGUAAUUCAAUUAUGUCUGUGACUGAGUGCACGCAAAGUCGGGUUUAUUCUAUUUCCAAGGAAAUCUAAAUGCUGGGGAAAGUAUGAGAUGGAGGCUGGAAUGUGCACUCAGGUAGAAAUUGGGUUUUUAUUGAUAUUUUAGUGGGGUUAAAGAAUUGCUGGCAAUGAACAGAGUAGUGCUAAUUAUGGUUUCAUUUGUUUGAGUGUUUGCUGAGCGCCCCCUCGUGGUGCUGGCCGUUACUGCAAGCUCCCUUCACUGUCCCAGAGUGGUGCCUUACCCUGCUCCUGCCCGUGGUCUUCCAGCUGGUGUGCGGAAGGAGCGCACACCUGUCACUCAGCGGCCGUGCCAGGCGGCUGUGGCUGUGCUCUGAGAACCUCUUUCCUUAGAAGGGUUAAAAGGAUGAAAACAGCAACAAUGAUUUUUUUCAGCAAAUUGUAAAUUAAAAGAAAUGGUUUGUGUACAACCAUUUUAAUGAUUCCCUUUUCAUUUUUGCUGUGAAGUGCACUGAAAAAAAUCUCAAAAUGAGCUAUAGUUCAUGUGUUGGGAAAAUUGAAAAAUAAUAAAAUAGAGAACAGCAA